AUGGCUUUUGAGCAAAACCUUGUGAUGAUUUUCAUAUUCAUCGUCUUGGGAAUUCUUGCAUCCCAAGCCACAUCUCGUGCAUCCUACAAAGCUAAUUCCAUUGCUGACAAACAUGAGCAAUGGAUGGCUAAGCAUGGACGCAUUUACCGAGACAGCAAAGAGAAGGAAAGACGUUUCGCCAUAUUCAAGAAGAAUGUGGAGUUUGUGGAGAAAUUCAAUAGUGAAGGGAAUGCGACAUACACGUUAAGCGUCAACAAAUUUUCCGAUAUGACAAAUGAAGAAUUCCUCAGACAUCAUGCUGGGUUCAAAAUGCCUACGACCGUCUCAAGUUCAACAACUUCAUCAUCCGAAGAUCAAUUGUCCACUAAACAAAGCGGGCCAAAUAAUACGACUAGUGAUGAUAUUCCAGCAAGCAUCGACUGGAGGGAACAUGGGGCUGUCACUCCUAUAAAGGAUCAAGGCAAAUGUGGUGCUUGCUGGGCAUUUACGGUGGUUGCAGCUGUGGAAGGAAUUACAAAAAUCAAAACCGGCAAAUUGAUCUCACUGUCCGAGCAACAACUUGUGGACUGCGACGUGCAAAACAAUGGCUGUGACGCUAGUGACAUUGAUGUUGCUUUCGAAUACAUCAAGCAAAAUGGAGGGAUCGCCAAAGAGAAAAAUUACCCAUACCGGGGCAACAACAACAAAAAAUGCAACGCUAAAAAGGAAUCUCAGCAUGCUGCCAAGAUAACUGGCUAUAGAACUAUUCCUACUCAAAGAUAUGAUCUCCUACUCAUGGCUGUGUCCAUCCAACCAGUCUCAGUUGCCAUUGACGUUCAAGGAGAUGCCUUUCAAUCAUACCAUAAGGGGGUGUUCUCAGGUUCAUGCGGUCACGACGUGAAUCAUGCUGUAACCAUUAUUGGGUACGGGACGAAUGAAGACGGCACCAAGUAUUGGCUAGUUAAGAAUUCAUGGGGACUGGACUGGGGCGACAAUGGCUACAUGAAAAUUCUUAGAGCUAAUCUUAGCACGACAGGCCCUUCUCUCUCAGAAGGUCAUUGUGGCCUUAACCUGUAUGCUUACUAUCCCACUGCAUAA